GUAGCCCCCUAACGUACGAGUGGACCCUCCCGGGGAUGCGGGGUGGAAGAGGGAGGCGACGGAGAGAAGGAAGGAGACCCGGCGGAGGGAGGAGCCCCUCUGGGAAGGUCCCAGGGAGAGUCGGGGCCAUGGCGAUCAGAGAGAGAAGAGGAACGAGGUGUUUUUAAAAAGGUCGCAACCGAGACGCCCUUUCCAGAGGACGCCAUGAAGGGCAAGACCGUCCCUCCGGGCAGGAAGCCAGUUGAGGACUCCCUGACAACUCGGGGCGGUGGGGCCAGGCGAGCGGAGCCCAGCACGCCCUCACGCCCCUCUCCCGGCGGAGGAUGCCCGGAGCGGGCGGCCGCCUAGCGCGGGUUGCUCCGGGCCGCUUAUCCGGGCCGGGGCCCCGCCGCUGAUUGGCUGCGCCGCCGGGCGGAAGUGAUGCUACUGUCACUGGCUCCCCGGGCUCCCGGGAAGCCGCGAGUUUCCGCAGGGAGGCGGCGGCGGCAGCUGCGGCCGGGCCGGUCUGCAGUCUGUGCUCAGAGCCAACAUUCCUCAGUGAAAGUGAUGCCUUUUCUCCAUUUGCACAAAAUGAGCGUGAGGUGGUUAGCUAGACCAGGAGCUCAGCCUCACACAGAGUCCAGCCUACUGCUCUGAUGCCGAAGGGGAGGCAGAGAGUGCCAAACUUGGAUGCCCCCCUGGGUGUCCCCGCCUGCCUCUGGCUGGAGUUGGCCGGGCUCUUCUUGCUGGUUCCCUGGGUCAUGGGCCUGGCAGGGACAGAUGGGCCCGGAGCGCAGGGCCCAGGGGGGCUAAGCUGGGCCGUGCACCUGGACAGCUUGGAAGGCGAGGGGCCGGAAGAGACCCUGGAGCAGAAGGCAGAUGCCCUGGCCCGGGCAGCAGGGCUGCUGAACGCUGGGCGCAUCGGGGAGCUCCAGGGGUACUACCUCCUCGUCCAGCCGGCCGGGCAGCAGCGGGAGUGGCCAGCGGAGGCUGUCCGGCGGCGGGCGGAGACUGUGUUAGCUGGGCACGAAGCUGUGCACUGGCACUCGGAGCAGAGGCUGCUCAAGCGGGCCAAGCGCAGCGUCCACUUCAAUGACCCCAAGUACCCGCAGCAGUGGCACCUGAAUAACCGGCGGAGCCCUGGCAGGGACAUCAACGUGACAGGUGUGUGGGAACGCAAUGUCACAGGGCGAGGGGUGACCGUGGUGGUGGUGGAUGACGGAGUGGAGCACACCAUCCAGGACAUCGCACCCAACUACAGCCCUGAGGGCAGCUAUGACCUCAACUCCAAUGACCCUGACCCUAUGCCACACCCGGAUGUGGAGAAUGGCAACCACCAUGGCACGAGGUGUGCGGGAGAGAUUGCCGCAGUGCCCAACAACAGCUUCUGUGCGGUCGGAGUGGCGUAUGGGAGCCGCAUAGCAGGUAUCCGGGUACUGGACGGGCCCCUCACGGACAGCAUGGAGGCCGUGGCGUUCAACAAGCACUACCAGAUCAACGACAUCUACAGCUGCAGCUGGGGACCUGAUGAUGAUGGGAAGACAGUGGAUGGCCCCCAUCAGCUUGGAAAGGCUGCCUUGCAACAUGGGGUGAUUGCUGGCCGCCGGGGCUUUGGGAGCAUCUUUGUGGUGGCCAGCGGCAACGGGGGCCAGCACAACGACAACUGCAACUAUGACGGCUACGCCAACUCCAUCUACACCGUCACCAUAGGUAGCGGCCUGGCGGGCGCUGUGGACGAGGAGGGACGGAUGCCUUUCUAUGCCGAGGAGUGUGCCUCCAUGCUGGCGGUCACCUUCAGUGGUGGGGACAAGAUGCUCCGGAGCAUCGUGACCACUGACUGGGACCUUCAGAAGGGCACAGGCUGCACCGAGGGUCACACAGGGACCUCCGCCGCAGCGCCCCUGGCGGCGGGCAUGAUAGCCCUGAUGCUGCAGGUGCGGCCCUGCCUCACGUGGCGUGAUGUCCAGCACAUCAUUGUCUUCACAGCCACCCAGUACGAGGACCGCCGUGCCGAUUGGGUCACCAACGAGGCCGGCUUCAGCCACAGCCACCAGCACGGAUUUGGCCUGCUCAAUGCCUGGAGACUCGUUAACGCGGCCAAGAUCUGGACCUCUGUCCCUUACUUAGCUUCCUAUGUCAGCCCUGUGUUAAAAGAGAACAAGGCUAUCCCGCUGUCCCCCCACUCGCUGGAGGUCCUGUGGAAUGUCAGCAGGACGGACCUGGAGAUGUCGGGGCUGAAGACGCUAGAGCAUGUGGCAGUGACCGUCUCCAUCACUCAUCCACGACGCGGCAGCUUGGAACUGAAACUGUUUUGCCCCAGUGGCAUGAUGUCCCUUAUCGGCGCCCCCCGCAGCAUGGACUCAGAUCCCAAUGGCUUCAAUGAUUGGACCUUCUCCACUGUGCGGUGCUGGGGGGAAAGAGCGAAGGGGACUUACAGACUCGUGGUCAGGGAUGUAGGAGACGAGCUGCUCCGGGCUGGGACCCUCCGGCAGUGGCAGCUGACCCUCUACGGCUCUGUGUGGAGUCCAGUGGACAUCAGGGACAGGCAGAGGCUGUUAGAAAGUGCCAUGAGUGGAAAAUACCUGCAUGAUGGCUUCACUCUGCCCUGCCCUCCGGGGCUGAAAAUCCCUGAGGAGGACGGUUACACCAUCACCCCUAACACCCUCAAGACUCUGGUGCUGGUGGGCAGUUUUACCAUCUUCUGGACCCUUUACUACAUGCUGGAAAUAUACCUGAGCCAGAGGAAUGUGGCUUCUCACCGAGUUUGUAGGAAUGGACCCUGCCACUGGCCCCAACGAAGCCAAAAAGCCAGGGAGGAGGGGACAGAACUAGAAUCGGCGCCACUUUACAGCAGCAAGGAUCCAGAUGGAGUGGAGACAGAAAGUGAGGGCCCUCCCACCACCUCUGAUCUCCUUGCCCCAGACCUGCUGGAUCGAGGGGCCUGGGGCCUGUCCCAGGACAGGAGUACCCUGAACUGCCCUCAUCAUCACCUAGCCCCAGACCUGUUGCAGGGGAAAGAGGAGCAGAUUUGCUGACGCAAGGCCCAACAGGCUCGACAUGGAAUAGGUUCUUCCUUCCCAAAGCCGGGGAAGCCUGGAAGGCUGCUCCGAAGUCCCGGGAGCUCUGGAGAGAAGGCAGCCCUGAUGCUAACGUCAGGAAUCCACAGGCCGAAAGAGCACCCUCUGACUACGCUCAGGAAGGGCGAAGGCCUUAAUACGCCGUGACAGAGGAAUCGUGCCGGAGAAUAGUGUGGCCACGCCACUGGAUCUUCCUCCGACUGAACAGGAGCUUCUGGUGAGAAGGUCUUGGACAAGGGCUCGCCGCCCCCCACCCCACAAUUGGGCAGGCCUGCCUCCUCGUUUCUCCUGGGCAAGCUGGUGAUGUGGGUCAUGGGGACAGGGUGGGGCAGGGCCUGCUAUGGCCAGAAGAGCCUUUCCACAGAAACGUCACCAGGGUCCCUCGGGAAGAGGGCUCGGGGUGAAGGCUGGGAAGAGCCCGUGGAUAUUCGCCUGUCCUGUUAAUGACCCAGGACCUAGAAACUGCAGGCUUUUCCUCUCCCUCCCUCCCGUUUCUGCCUCCGCCUGGAACCUCAGACCUACCGGUACGGCAGUUAGCCCUCAGCCUAGCACACCCGCCCUGAGAGCAGCUGCCUCCCUGAGCCCUGAUCAGAAGCCAACCGUGAACACACCCCUGAUUCCUUCACCAUCGCCCCCCACCCUCCAUCCUGAAGGAUCGGUACGAUGCUCCUGGCAAAGCCGCGGAUGGGCGCGGCUCCCCGGGGCCUGCACGGCUUCACUAGGUGGGUCUGCAGCAGGACUAUGACGGGGGUCAGCCACUGCCACUCCAGCCCUGUGACCACCGUGUCUUCCUCUGCAAAGCGCUCAGGGAAAUGGCCUUACCCGCUAGAGGCCAGCCGUCUGCCUGACCGGCUGGGACUCCUCCCGGCCUGGGCCUCCUCCCCUCUUCUGAGCUAGUUGGUUGAUCUAAAGAAAUUUUUUUUUUUAACGCUUAAGAUUUGGGUUUCUCUUUUCACAGCAACAUUUGGUUGAAUGUUUUUCUGCACAGCUUUUCCAAAAUAAAAACCUUCCACGC